CAGAUGGACGAGGCACAAUCAUGUGCUCGCUUUUUGUUUCGGAUGUUGUUGUCUACUGCCUUUGUGUCCCAGCGAUCCAGAAAGAAAGCAUUUAAGCUGAGCGACCCAUUGUUUGGGAAGCGGCGUUGUGCCACCAUGUUUUUGCCUUUUAUUAUCUCCAAGGAAAUGUUUUUAUCCUGUAUUUCAUUUUGUCUGUCUUCUGUUUGGUUUCAGAGACGGUUCUGGGAGGAAUAUGUGCGGGAGAGCAGUCCAAGCGGGGGGCUGGAGACGGUGGGGGGGGUCCACUCUCUCUACCUGAUCGUGCCGUUGCUGCUGGUGGUGCUCAUCAUCGUCGCCGUGGCCAUCACUGUGUGGCGCUGUCACUCUCGCAAGCGUUCGCAGCCCAGCCCCAGCCAGGGACACUCGCACCACGACCACGUCCUGUCAGUGGUCUCUAUGGACCAUUGGGGGAGGGACUUCCACCAGGGGGACCAUUCAGAACUCAGUGUGCACAGCAGCCCCGCCUAUCCCGGCUCAGAGCCCACAUCAGGGAGAGGAGGCACCGGAGACCCGCCACCAUCUUAUGACGAGGCUGUGGGCCACACAGACGUCCAGAUAGAGACGGAGCCCCCGCCCCAGUACGAGGAUAUAGUCAACACUAGCUCUGGAGGCCGGGUGAAGUAAAGGGGUCUCUCUCUACCGCCCCAACAGAAGCCCUAACACACACUAAGACCAUCUGAUGAAUGAGCAGAAUCACUGUUGUGGAUUCACCAGCCUUCUCCCCUCAACACACACCGACUGUUAACGGUCUGCUCGAUGGACUUAUACAAUGUUUGCCCAGUGCCAGCGCUGUUGAGCUUUGCACUAAUCUUUCAUCGAUGAGGUGAAGUAAUAGUAGGAAGGAUGUCGCAAUACCAAAACCAACCAGCCUCAUCUGAUUUUCCUCAACUUCCAUCUGUCACACUGAUGCAAGUAUUUAACUCGGCAGGCAUAACAAAUGUUGCAUGUUGCGAAUAAGAAAAGGGUUCAGAUUGCCAUAAUGGAGGACAACUAUUCUAAAAGUGUAUAUAAGGGUUGGACCAAUGGUUUAUUGAAGGGUGAGUGCCAAUUUUUUAGAUCGUCUGCACAUAUUUUGCAUUAAAUUCAACCUGUUUGUGGUCCAAAACAUGGCAUUUACUACGGUUUUGCCCCAAUCUAUACCAUUCUUUGCCAUCUUAAAACAUUUCUAUUCAUUUGUAUCAACAUUUCAAGGAUUGAAAACGUAAUCCCAAUACGAAUGUGAAUCGGUUGAAAUGCCUCUGAACCGCACACACAGAGAGAGAGAGCUAGGCUCCUACUAUGACAUUUGCAAUUACUUUUUACUUUCUAUAGAACAUAUUUAUUUCGAAAGUCUUUUGAAUAUUGCAUACUUGGCAUUAUUCUGAAAGAGCAUUUGUUCUAGUGGAACACAGAACAAUUUGGCUCCAAUGAAUGAUUUUUCACCACCAGAGUUCAGAAAGAGAGAAGCAAUUAGGAAAUCAAGCAAUGGUUUUGUUUGUGUAACCUGUAAGCAAACGAUGAUGCAGUUUCAUCCCACUCGUUAGCUCUGGCUCGGUGGACUGACUCCGAACACAAACAUUUGUUUGUUUACUUUUCCUGUUUUAUGCUGGCUAAGUGGAGGAUGCUUGGCUUGUUAAUUGUAGAAAUUGUAAAUGACUACCCGGAGAUUUAUAUUGGGGGUUAAAGGGAGUUUGGAGACCAAACAUUAGGUAAAUGAUCAGGUUUCAGAACCAAAACAAUUUCCACAUUAAUUGAAUCCAUGUUUGAACCUUAAAGAAAUACAAUUUUACAGGAUGAAAGAGUCAAGAUGCCAAAGGAAUGCAUUGGUCCAACUUCAGUAUACACUUGAAUGUUUUAGAAAUACAUAUGUAAGAUAAAACCAGCAGUAAUGAAGGUGUGAGAUGUGUUUGGUGUAUGUGUGUCGUAUGUGCUUACAGUGUGUGAUGCAUGCAGCUGGGUCUGUUCUCCUGAGGCUGGAUGUGGCUCUGCGCCGUCUGGUCUGUUGGCAUUUAUCAGAGCCUGCUUUAACUGUGAAAAUCGACUCUUUCCUCUAAAGCAAAUGUAACCAUGUAGGAAAUGAACACAGUCUUCUGCCGUGCCACUUUCACUAAAAGCACACUGAGGAUUCUCACGAGCUACACCAUUAAUGGAAGUUUGGAGUGAGUGACUUGCAUAGGAUUGUGAGACAGGAAGCAAUAGAAACAGGCGCUUUGGAAAAAUGUGUAUAAGAGGGAAGAGAUUCUGUAAUUAACGACACUAUGGUCAAAUUCCACGUCUAGCAUGUGUAAUGUACCUGUAUAUAAAUAUGUAUAGUCUUUACGUGUGAAGGUAAAGUGAUUGUUUUUCAUUGCAUAUGGGUGCAGUGACACAGGUCAAGCUAGUAUACAGUAGGUUUGGAUACAUUAAGGACUCAGAGGCGUGUGGUGCAGUGGAUAGAGCCUUGGUGUUGGGAACAGGGGUUCAACAGGUUCAAACCCCACUGCAGUCAGCAUGUCGUUGUGACCCUUGGCAAGGCACUUCACCUCACAUUGCUCCUGUGGGGAUUGUCCACAGUAUUGAGUAUGUAAGUGGCUUUGGAUAAAAGCGUCUAACAAGUAAGAUGUAAUGUAAUGAAGGCAUUACAUUACCAGAGCAGGCAUUAGUGUUUGAGCUUGAACUGAGCUUUUGGAUGAAAGCCAGGACAGUCUGGUUUGACGUCUGCUGGAAAAAAGUUCUCUUACUCUAUAUGCAAUGUUGCUGCAUACACUAAAAACCAAAUAUAUCUGUCUAAUAAUACUACUCAUAAAUGUCACAUGGUUACACCUCAGACUGAGCACUGAUUAUUAUACUUUUUGUGAGUUGACCUGUGAACCUCAGCACUUGCAAUGACCUUUAACUGAGUUGUGCUGGGAGGGGGGGGCAGCCAUUUUGGUAAGGUCAGUUGUUGGACUGUUAUUUUCAGAACCCCUUUUUUUACAAUGCCUUAUUAAACAAAAUGUUAUAUAACAUUAAAUGCAAGAAAAGUUGUUAUACACUCUUGAUAUGUGCAGAAGCUUGAAUUCAUUUGUAAUAAAACACGGACAAUGUGCAA